AUGGAUUAUGAAUUGGAAGUUUUCGAAGUGUACGACGAUAGCGAACAGCAAAGCUCUAAGAGGCAUUCAAAACAUACAAGAAAAAAGUGCAAACAGAAACAAAAAGCCACAGUUUUGAGUAUUGAAGCCACUGACAAUGAUAUAAGUCGAUCUAAAACUAGUGUAGUAGGCAGUGACCGAAGGCAUUUGAGUCUCCGAGAGUCCAUUCUUAGUUUCUUCACCAAAUUGGUAGUAUGGAAAGAUCAAAGAAGGUAUCAGACUACUAUUCCUGACAAAAUUGAUGCACCCCAUUCAUCUAAAGACUUUCGUAAAACAUAUACUGUGUGUGAUAAUCAAAGAAGGAUUCAUGCAAAUGAUAGACUUUACAACUCCCAAUUUCGUUAUGCUAGCAACUACAUAAAAACCUCCAAGUACUCCCUUCUGACGUUCCUGCCCUUGAAUCUGUUCGAGCAGUUCCAGCGCCUGGCCAACUUCUAUUUCCUCUGUCUGCUGGUGCUGCAGCUGAUCCCUGCCAUCAGCAGUUUGACGCCUGUGACGACAGCGUUGCCGCUCAUGGGCGUGCUGGGAUUGACCGCCAUCAAAGACGCCUACGAUGAUAUCCAACGACACAUUUCCGACUCGCAAGUGAACAACAGAAAAUCUCGGGUCGCCCGCAAAGGGCAGCUCGUCAAUGAAAAAUGGUCGGCCGUCCAAGUCGGAGACAUCAUCAGGAUGGACAACAAUUCCUUCAUAGCAGCCGAUGUGCUCAUCUUGACGUCUAGCGAGCCGAACGGCUUGUGUUACAUAGAAACAUCAGAACUGGAUGGUGAAACGAACCUGAAAUGCAGGCAAUGCAUCGUCGAAACGGCCGAGAUGGGCCAAGACGACGCCCUCCUCAGCGACUUCGACGGCGAGAUCAUCUGCGAGAUGCCCAACAACCUCCUCAACAAGUUCGAGGGCGUGCUGAUGUGGAAGGGCAAGUCCUUCUCGCUCGACAACGACAAAAUCAUGCUGCGCGGUUGCGUGUUGCGCAACACGCAAUGGUGUUACGGCGUGGUCAUCUUCGCCGGCAAGGACACCAAGCUGAUGCAGAACAGCGGCAAGAGCAAGUUCAAGCGGACGAGCAUCGACAGACUGCUGAAUUUUUUGAUUAUAGGGAUAGUCUUUUUUUUAUUGUCCAUGUGCCUUUUCUGUAUGGUGGCGUGCGGUAUCUGGGAAUCCCUGGUCGGUCGCUACUUCCAGAAGUUCCUACCGUGGGACACGCUGGUGCCUUCGGAGCCGCUAGGCGGCGCCACUAUCAUCGCCUUGCUCGUCUUCUUCUCCUACGCCAUCGUCCUCAACACGGUCGUGCCCAUUUCUUUGUACGUCUCCGUCGAGGUCAUUCGGUUCGUGCAGAGUUUCCUCAUCAAUUGGGACGAGCAAAUGUGCUACGAGAAGACUGGCACUCACGCCAAGGCCCGAACUACUACGCUUAACGAGGAAUUAGGCCAAAUAGAGUACAUUUUCUCCGACAAAACCGGCACGCUCACCCAAAACAUAAUGACCUUCAACAAGUGCUCGAUAGCCGGCAUCUCCUACGGUGACGUCAUCGAUCAGCGUACCGGCGAGGUGAUCGAGAUCACCGAGGACACGGACCCGUUGGACUUCUCCUUCAAUCCCGACUACGAACCCGAGUUCCGGUUCUACGACAAACAUUUGCUGGACAAUGUACGGAGAAGGGAUGAGCCUGCUUUCGCGUUUUUUCGCCUGUUGGCGUUGUGCCAUACGGUGAUGUCGGAGAAUCGCGAGGGUAGGCUGGAAUACCAGGCGCAAUCUCCUGAUGAGGCCGCUCUAGUGUCGGCCGCCCGCAACUUCGGCUUCGUGUUCAAGGAGCGCUCGCCCAACAGCAUCACCAUCGAGGUGGCGGGUGUCAAAGAAGUGUACGAGCUUCUGUGCAUCCUGGACUUCAACAACGUGCGCAAGCGCAUGUCGGUGAUCUUGCGCAGGGAGGGCAAGCUGAAGCUGUACUGCAAGGGGGCGGACAACGUUAUUUACGAGAGGUUGAAGUCUGCCACUGACGAUGUUAGUCACAGGACACAGGAGCACUUGAACAAAUUCGCUGGCGAAGGUUUGAGGACGCUCUGCCUCGCCUCGUGCGACCUCGACGAAGACUACUUCCAUAAUUGGAAGCAGCGCCACCAGGAGGCGGCGGUGUCGAUGGAGGGCAGAGACGAACUCUUGGACGCCCUCUACGAGGAGAUCGAAAAGGACAUGGAGCUGAUCGGCGUGACAGCCAUUGAGGACAAGUUGCAAGAUGGUGUGCCGCAAACCAUCGCCAAUCUGAUGUUGGCCGGGAUCAAGAUUUGGGUGUUGACAGGGGAUAAACAAGAAACGGCCAUUAACAUCGGCUACUCCUGCCAACUCCUCACCGACGAGUUCGUCGACAUUUUCAUCGUGGACGCGGCCAACUACGACGAGGUGCACCAGCAGCUGCUCAAGUUCCGCGACAACAUCAAGAUCGUGCGCACGUUCAAGCCGCGCACGCGCACCUCCAACGGUCGGGCGGGGGCCGGAGACCCGCCCGACGCCGCCCCGAGGACCGCCCCUAACGAUCCGCCCAAUCCGCCCGCUGUCAGCGUGGUCACUUUCAGGUGGGACGAGGGUGACGUAGAAAGGUCGAGAAGCAGCACCGAACUCGAGUACCUCGACUCAACCGACCUUCAACCCCACAAAUCGGAUGACCCCGGCUUCGCGAUCGUCGUCAACGGUAACUCCCUGGUGCACUGUCUCCAUCCUCAGCUGGAAAGACUCUUCGUGGAGGUGGUGAUGCAGUGCCGGUCGGUGAUCUGCUGUCGGGUGACGCCUUUGCAGAAGGCCUUGGUGGUGGAGCUGGUGAAGAAUCGGAAACAUGCGGUGACGCUGGCAGUGGGGGAUGGGGCCAACGACGUCUCCAUGAUAAAAGCCGCCCAUAUCGGUGUCGGUAUUUCCGGCCAAGAGGGCAUGCAAGCCGUCCUAGCGUCAGAUUACUCGAUAGCGCAGUUCAGGUUCUUGGAGCGCUUGCUGCUCGUGCAUGGCAGAUGGUCCUACUACAGGAUGUGCAGUUUCCUUAGAUACUUUUUCAACAAGAACUUCGCCUUCACGCUCUGCCAUUUUUGGUACGCGUUUUUUUGCGGAUUCAGCGCACAGACUGUGUUCGAUCCGAUGUAUAUAUCGAUCUACAACCUGUUCUACACCUCUCUGCCGGUUCUGGCCGUCGGCAUCUUCGAUCAAGACGUCAACGAUAAAAACAGCGUCAUUUAUCCGCAGCUUUAUCGGCCCGGUCACUAUAACUCCUUCUUCAACAAGAAGGAGUUUUUCCGCAGCGCCUUGCAAGGUUGUUUCGUUUCCAUCGUACUCUUCUUCAUACCUUUCGGUACAUACUUUGAUGCGGUCAGUCCUAGGGGACAAGGUUUGUCGGACUACAUGUUAUUUUGUAGUGUGACUGCGGCAAUAUUGGUUAUCGUGAAUACUGCACAGAUUGCCAUGGACACCAUGUACUGGACGGUGUUCAACCAUGUCAUGAUAUGGGGCUCUCUCGGCUUCUACUUCAUCGCCGACAACUUCUACAAUUACCUCUGUCGAGGUCCUUACGUAGGCUCUCUAACGAAGGCCAUGUCUGAGGCGAACUUCUGGUUCACCACCGUUCUCGUCGUCAUCAUUUCGAUAAUGCCGGUGUUGGCGUGGCGGUUCUACUUCGUCGACGUCUUUCCCACCCUGUCUGACAGGGUGAGACUGAAGCAGCGUAUGGCGCAGGUGCGGUCGCGCCACAGCCAAGACGUGCUGAGAACGCCGUCAGCGCGAAGGGCUCGCAGGUCGAUCCGAUCCGGGUACGCGUUCGCGCAUCAGGAAGGCUUCGGCAGGUUGAUCACGUCGGGAAAGAUAAUGCGCAAGCUGCCCAAUCCCGAAUUCAACAUACCGAACAUCAUGAACAAGCUGAACAUGAAUGCGGCGGGCAACAAUUCCGGCCACCAUCACAACAACAGCAAGGGAUCGAAUGGUCCUCCGCCAUCACAGGACGGAAGCAGCACCAGCAGCACCACCAGAGCCCCCAUACAGGAUUUAGAUACUAUAAAUUUGUGA